AUGGAAGUAUCGAUAUUGAAAGAAAAAAAACAAGUAGAUUCAAUUGAAAAUAUGUUCAAAGAAACUAAUCAACAAUAUAAUAACAAUAUUGAUUACAAAUGUUUACUAAAAUAUAAUCAUUAUAAUAAACAUUUUUCUAUAAUUAAUAUUAUAUUUAAUAAAGAUGAACAAGAAAAAGAUAAAAUUGUUGGUUAUGAUUGUAUUUACCAAUAUGAAAAUAUUCAUAUUAAAAUUGAACAUUAUUUAUCAAAUCAAACUUGGAAAAUAAAUAAUCAACAAUCAAAUUAUGAAAAAUAUCAAAAUUUAAAUAUUUUAUUAGAAGAUCUUAAUUAUUCUCGAUAUGUAUAUCUUGAUCAACAAAUUCAAAUAAUAAUUAAAAGAUUUGAUAAUUAUUUUCAUGAAUUAAAUCAAACAGAACAAAAUCAACAUAAUCAUAAUAAAACAUCAACAUUUUUCAUAUUGAAACAAGAUGAUAAUGAUCAAUCAGAAAAUAAUAAUCAUAAUCAAUCAAAUGAAUUAUCAAUUAAUAAUAAUAUAUCUAUAGGAUCAACUAUUUUACAAGUUGAUCAAUCACUAACUCAUUUAGAUUUACCUAUUCAAACAUCACUAUCUUAUUCAAAUAAAAUAUUCAAAAAUUUAAAAAAACAAAAUCAACUCGAUCAUAUACAUCAAGAUAGUUCUUCUAGUUCAAUUAAUAGUGUCAAAUAUGCAAAAUUUGUUUCUCCAUUGGGAACAUCUGUUCAUCGACGACGUGUUAUUCAAUCAAUACUUUUACGUGUACAGCGAAAAAAAAAACUCUUUGAAAAUCUACUUGAUACAUUUAAAUUAAGAUCAAUAGAAUCGAUAAUAUAUCAAUUAGGUUUAGAAUUUUUACGUGUUUAUGAUGGAAAAUUUAAUUAUUCUCAAGGACAUACAUUUGUUAUGUAUUUUGAAAAGAUAACAUGGUUCUUAACAAUUGAAAAUAUUAAAUAUGUUCAAUGUCAAUUGGGUGAAUAUGAACCACGUUCUAUUUUGAUACUUAGAUAUAAAAAUUCAUUUAUUACUGUACAAGUUUAA